CUGACCUAGAGAUCUCCCUAGAUCCUGCAACUCGUCCAGUGGCGCCAAGCGGCCACAUAUAAGUAGGAAAUUAUUAAAUAAAAAACAGUAUUUAUAGAAAUUAAUCGUACAUUGUAGUUACCAUAUGAUCGUUGGAUUCGUGGUUAAAGAGGUUGUUUUCAUAUAUUUUAAUACUGGGUACGUGGUCAAGGUACGAUGGUCGUCGAAGAGAAGAGCAGUGAGUCGUUAAAAGAGAAUCAAGCGAACAAUGAUGCGGUACCGAUCGAACAAAAGACGUAUUCGUUGGAAAUUUUGAGAAUAAUAAAGGAGGCACAACAGCAACAUGGGUUGAGACACAGUGAUUACCAACGUUACCGUGGCUACUGUUCACGAAGGAUCAGGCGGCUCCGUAAAGUGUUGAAAGCCCCGCAAGGAGAUAAGCGUCAUUUCAAGCGAAGAGACAUAACUGCGUCGAUGGUCACCGAUGACAAAUUUUUACAAAUCCCUUUAAUGAUAGCCGAACGUGCUUGGAGCUACGCGAUGCAAUUGCGUCAAGAAUCGAAUACGGAACCGAGGAAAAAGUUCCACUUGAUAUCGAGACUAAGAAAAGCCGCGACGUAUUCGUUGCAGUUACAAGAAUUAAUAGAGGCCAUUAAUUGCGAUGCCAGAACGAAACUGGAAGCACAAGCGUACGUAGCUUGGAUACACGGGUCUCUGCACUUCGAGCUUCAACUGUGGAAGAAGGCGAUGGAGAAUUUGAAGAAAGCUCAAGUAGUUUACGGGAAGCUGGCCUCCGCGUUGCCGGAGCUGGAACAGAUGAUCUACAACGCCCGCGUCGAGGAGCUGGCCCCGAGCCUUAGAUACUGUGCCUACAACAUCGGUGAUACCACUGCCAUAGACGAUUUAAUGCAGAUGAGGGGACAGCUGAGCGGCGAGCUGCUGGCCAGCUUGGAUUCGCUGAUAGCUCAGACGCGGGAGAAGCAGACGAACACCGAGGAGGUGACCUGGCGCGGGAAAUCGUGCGGUGUGGUACCGCCGAGGGCAGCCGGCCUCCUGAUCGCCGACUCGCGACUGAAUCAGACGCUAGAGAAAGCAGCCACUAAUCAGGCUAAGAUCGACCUGCUGGAAGCACAUUUAAUAGACUGCAAGGACGCGAUCUCGGUGGUGCGAGAUUUCUACAAGAACGAGCUAAAGAACAAGGACAGCGACAAGCCGUCUCCUUCGCAGCAUCUAAUCACGUAUCUCCAAUACAUCCGGCUGUCUCGCACUUUGGAGAGGAAUCUGACGUUAAUCAAAGUGGCGGAGGAAUCGGCGAAAGCGAAACCGCAGGACAUCGUGCGACUAUACGAAGCGGCACUACACAAUCUCGUCGAAAUAUCGCAGCUGCAGGACGACGAGGAGUUCGCGCGCGAGCAAGAAGCAAAGACGAAGGCGUACAGAGCGUUUAGGUGUUACUACUUGGCGCAGUCGUUAGCGAAUUUACAUCGAUGGCGAGAGGCGAUGGCGUUGUAUCAAAGGUCCGGGCAGCACAUGAACGACGCGUUAAAAUACGGCGCGGUACUCCCGGAGUCGCUCCGGGAAGCUCUGCAGACACUGGAGACCGCUAUCGAGGGUGCGAAGUACGCAGCCCAUGCUCACAGCGUGCUGGAGGACGAACAGGAAGAGGAACCGGAGUCCAACAAAUAUACGAAAACUAAGAAACCGUUGUACGAACGUUUACAGGAAUACAGGGAGGACAAUGCGCUUCUCACGAAACAACCGAACGUCUACAAACUACCGCCCGCCAUGCAGCCUAUACCUUGCAAGCCCUUGUUCUUCGAUUUAGCCUUCAACAUGAUCGAGUUCCCUGAUUUGAGUGAGAAACUCGGAGACCAGGCCAAGAAGGGUGGUCAGGCUGGCCUCACUGGAUUUGUCAAAGGCCUUUGGGGAUGGGGAAACAAAUAAAAUUACGUGGCAAUUAAUUGGAAAGCAUUUAUCAUUGGAUAUUAUGGGACGUAGUGCGAUAAUGUAUUUUUACGUCAUCCGAUUGCCUCAGCGAAUACGCGUUUUCACUUGUGACAACAGCAAUAUUGAGUAAAGGAAAUAAAGAGGAUAUUAUUAAUAA